GAGAAGCCUGAUCAGGGCUGAGCUGUGUACUCCCUCAUUUUUUUUAAGUGAUGAUGAAGUCACAUGAGAUGAUGACAUUAUUGCUUACAUCCUGCGUACAUAGGGAUAUAGGGAUGUUUGAAUUGCGUACGUAGGGAAUGUUUACUGGAAUGAGAAAUAUACCAGCUCUGUGUAUACAUAACAAACACUUAGCUGAAGCUAAUUGCGCUUGUAAAUAUUUGAGAGAUGAAGAUUAGAAGCCAAAUUUGCCAGUAUCCCUCAUAUCUGUCACUUGUUGAUCUUUGAACUAUAGAUCUUAAUGACAGCUGCUGAUAACUAUUUCAAUCUUAUGCAAUACAGAAUAUGAAAUCUAAAUAUAUGUGUCAGAUUAAAGUUGCUGUAAGCCAAUUCAUGCAAGAUUCUGGGUUAGAUGUAUUAUUACAUAAAUGGGAUCGCUGUCAAGUGCAUCAGUUAACAAGCAUUGGUUGUUUGAUGAAAAGCAACUUUGUAUAGUAUAUAUGGAACUCUUAAAGAAAGGAAAUAGCUAACAGAAAUCUUGAACAUUUAAAAUACUCAUUUAUGUGGGCUAUUCCGACUCAAAACAAUGCUCUUACUACUGUAGUUUUCUAAUAUUGUGGAUUUGUCUCAGAUAAAGUGAUAUUUAAAUUUUAUUGUAUUUAUACAAUUUAGAAAAUUUCUGUAAUAUAUUUCUGAGUGUAUAUAUUUCUUAACUCCAUUAUUUAUUUUUCAUUUUUUGUCCACACAUGUUGUUUCCUUUUUUUUAUCAACACAAGAUACUCCUCUGUUAAGUUUUAUUUCCGUUACUCUAUAUAUAUAUAUAUAUACUCAUAUAUGUGUAAUUGUUAGAUUAUAAAAUUUUAAAAUGGCUGAAAAAUCAAACAAGCCUUCCAAUGUGUGGGGGAAACCUGUUCCUAUGAAGCUAUUUGCAGCAUGGGAAGUUGAUCGAACACCUCCAAACUGUAUUCCUAGAUUAUGUACACUAAAUUUGACUAGGCUUAUUCUUUUGAAACCUGUUGUUGGGGAUAUGAAUUCUGUUAUAAUAGCCGUUAAGAUGCAAAGCUCUAAGAGAAUACUGCGAUCGAAUGAGAUAAUGGUACUUAAUAAUGGCCUUAUUGAUACUGAGCUAGAUUUGACAUUCUCCUUACAGUAUCCACAUUUUCUUAAGCGUAGUGGAAAUAAUUUACAAAUAAUGCUUCAAAGAAGGAAGCGCUAUAAAAAUCGAGCUAUUCUUGGCUUCAAAACUUUAGCUGGAGGCGUAAUUAACAUGGCCGAAGUUCUCCAAAGACCUAUGGACAAAGAAUUGGAAUUGCAUUCUAACAAUAAAGAGAAAAGUGAAAUUAUUGCUAAAAUUUUUAUGUAUGCCAUUUCUAGUCAACCUGUGGACCAUGAAGAAGCUGAUAGACAAAAAGUACUAAGAGGCAUUGAAAGAGUUGCAGAAGUUGAUAAUUUUUCUGAUGAAGAAGAAGAGUAUACUUCCAAUGAAGAUGGAUGUGACAGUGAAGCUGUUGUAGAGGAAACAGCAGCCGCUGGAAAUUUAAGUCAUCGAUCCCAUCUUCGAAAAUCUUUAAAUCCAAAAAUGUUUCAAUCCUCUGGAGAACGUCCUGAUCCGGCAGAAAGAAAUAUUAAACAAAAAAUUAUUGCCUUACUUAAGAAAUUCAGAAUACCUGAAGCUGAGGUAUCCGAUUCAGAACAAUAUCAAGAAGAGCUUGAACAGGAGCUUAUUUCUCAAAACCCCCAAGAAUUUGAAGAUCUUAUUGAUGAACUUGAAAGUAUGAGUGAUAGUGGUCCAGAUGUUGAUGAUAUCAGUAUUUCUUCCACUCCAAAGCCUAGUUUAAGGCCCUUUUUCUCAUCUGGAACCUUGACUGCUUUAGACAAAACAAGUAUGCCAAUGAUAAGUGAUGACAGUUCUCGAAAAACUGAUGAUAAUCAUGAAUCUGGAACUGACCAAGAAAAUACUGAUACUAGUCAAACUGCAAGUCCACCUAAGUCAUUAACAAUGGAUGAUAAAAAGGCUUUCAUGCAGUCCAGCACUGAAAAGGAAAAGAAAACUCGAUUAUUUACGAGAGAGAAAAAUGCAUCAAAAGACAAACGAUCAUCCAGCUCUAAAGAGGGUAAAGAGAAAUUAUGUGAAAAGUCCACUUCGAAAGAUUCAGAAUGCAGUCCUCAGAAAACAGUUCUAGAGCAACUAGCUAGAAUUUUCCCUUCUGAUGAUUCCAUACCAGAUCAUGUAAUUGUUGUCAAUGCUAUAGAUGUGGUUGGAAAUUGUUUAGCUGUUCAACUGUUAGAUAGGGAUGAAAAUGUAAUAACAAUUCUUUCUAAUUCGGAUUUAAGAGCUUCGUUUUCAUGUCUAAUGAACAAAAUACAAAAAUUUUGUAACUGCAAUUCUCGUGCACCGCAAACUAUUAAAAUUGGUAUUCUAGGGCAAGAUAGUUUUUUUAGUUCUGUUUUACGCUUAUACGUUGAACAUUUUUCUUCAAAACCAUCGGAAUGGCAGACUUAUGUAAAAUUUUGUAUUGUUCCUUUAUCUACCAGUAGUUCUGUUGCUAAAUCUUUGAGUAGUGUUGAUAACACAUAUUUGAAUAUGUUCAUGGAUAGCUCAUGGAAAGAUCUUAUUGAUCAUUGUAGUGAAGCCUCGACGACACCCGAAAUACAUAUUACUGUCGAACGAAUCUUACAUUAUAUUAAUAAUGCAUCUUUUUUGUGGCAGAUGGCAAUAGCUGAAGCUAUGGUGACAUACAAGGAAAAGAGUUCUGAUGAUGAAUCAUCUCAAAUUUUUAUUCCUUUUGUUACCGAUGUAAAAAUUGGCAUGAUGGAAGGCAUAACACAAACCACAUCAAUAGAUUCUGAAGAAAUGUCAGCAAAUUUAACUGUCCCAGGCAACUCUCCUCCUUGUAAUGUGACUGAAAAAGGACCUCGUGAAAGUACAACACCGCCCAGUUCACCGAGUAUUUCUAGUGCUUUUCUUGGAACUAAUUCUUCAAUAACUGCUUCAGUAUCAACUUCCGGAGAAACAAUGGAUCUUCAGCUAGACUAUUGGAUUCUACCACAAAAAGGAGAGGCUAAUAAAAAGAGUGAAACUUCAAAAUUAAGCUUGAAAACAACAUUCAGAACUCUUCAUAUCUCAAGAAUAAGUAGCUCUGCUGAUUCAGGUACUUCAUCCCUUACACUUACCUAUGUCACGAAAGAAAAGAAACAAAAGAUAAUGCGUUUAGGAAAGAAAAAGGAAAAAGAAAAGGAACUGGAUAAUCGUUAUCAGCAAGUCGAAGGCAUUCAUAGACUUAUAUGUUCUUGCCGUACUUUGCAGACUCCGCUAAAAGUGACUAUCGAUGGAGUUGAGUGGAGUGGUGUGAAAUUCUUUCAGCUUACUUCCCAAUGGCAAACUCAUAUAAAGUAUUUUCCUGUGGCAUUAUAUUCCAUGCCAGAGCAUGCUUGUUAAAAGUCUUUGUAUUAUGUAAUCCGCUUUUAGUGCCAAGAGCAUGUUAUAUUUAGUCCCAGGAAUUUGCUUAUCUUUAUCUAUUGAUGUUUAACUUCUAAAUUAUUGCAUGUUCUGUUUAUAUAAUAGAAAUUUCCCCAAAGUGUAUUAAGUAUUUUCCAACCUUAGCAGAAUUGAUGUUAUGUUUUGUGCUGUGUUAACUUGUAUUGAUAUAAAUAUAUAUGUGUAUGUGUAUUUACGUGUAAUGUAUUUUUUUAAAUUGGAAGUAGUUUUGAUUUUAAAGUUUCAAAACUUUUCUGUUGGAGCAAAAUGUGUUUUGCUCAUUGAAUAGCUGUAGGUAUAGUUGUUACAGAAUCGCUGUUGUCUGUGAUAGAUUGCUGUGUUGAAAAAUGUGUUGCAAAAGCUUUAUGUAAAUUGUAAAUUUUUAAAACCUGAAGGCUUUGAAUAUCUUAUUUAUAAUGCUCCGAGGUAAUUUUACUAUUUUUGUAAUUUUCAUAAACAUAUUUCGCCUAUUGCACCCUCAUAUUUUCUUAUAUUGUACUGUAAUUUUUGUAAUUGACUUAGAUUAAAGUUUCAAUGAAAAUAAAGAUUCAAUGAAAUAGUUGAUAUACCAUUAGUUUAAUUUAAGUGGGUGUAAUAGUUUCAAAUUUCUUUGAUCGCAUAUAUUGUGUAAUAAAUUAAAUUAACUUGCUUAAAUACUCAUUCUGUAAAUGAGGUCUUAUUUUAUCAGUGACACAUUCAAAUUGAUUGUCCGAUUAAAUUGAUAAUAUUGUAAGGAUCUAUUGUACAAUGCAAAUGCUUAUACGUAUCUGUUUAUUAAUGAAAUCUUUAUGUAGAGACUGCUUAGAUGUUUUUGAAGAUUAGAAAAUCUCAUGAAAUUACAUGAUUACAGUCUGUUAGUGCAAUUAUGUAUAGUAAAUAUAUUGUGAUGUUCAAUUUAUGUUACUAUGAUCUAUGUUUAAAAUACUCUGUUGUAACUUGUUAAGUUCCAGAAUGAUUAAUCCCAGAUGAAAAUUCAGUUAAAUAUUAUAAGUUUCUUUAACCCAGAUGUUUUGUUGUAGAGUUGUUCUGGUUGGCUAUCUCUUACUCAUAAGAUUCCAAUCAGUAUAUGUUUAAAAUUUCAUGAAUUCUUAAAUAAUUGUGAGUUACCUUAUGAAUUCUUAUUAUAACUUUAAAUCCUCAAUGAAGAAAUAAACUUAUGUAAUUUAGCAACUUUUACUUUCAUGAGAAAUAUUAUUUUUAGAUUAUGUCAGCAAAAACAUUUUAUUUUAGUUGGCAUCUACCCUUCGAAUUCUGUGGAACACAAUACUUCAAGUUGAAGAUUCAUUUUUUUUUUUUUUUGAAGUUUCUUUUAGAUAGAUUUAAUGUGAUAGUGUUUAGGAUACCUAUAUCUUUCUUAAAAGAAAUUUUUGUGGUAGAAUAAAUUAGUAGUUGUUUUUGUGUGCGUCAUAAAUAAUGAUUUUUAUGGCCUUUUAAUUUGUGCAGCUGUUAUAAAAAAUCUAUAAUUAUACUGCCGUGUUGAUUUGAGAAUUAGAAAACCUGCAACUUUGUAAUUGCUUAAAAAGUUUCUAGAAUUAAGCUAUCCUUUAGUAGGGUGGUGUGUAUAAAUACUCAAGUAAUUUUUAUUUUUUAUUUAAAUUUUUCAUUCCAUUUUCAUAUAAGUUGUUUUAUAAAAGUUUUCAACUGAUUUCAUUUUAAUGUUUUCCUUUACAAAAACUUACAUAAUCAAUGAUUUAACAGCCUUUUGGAUGUUAGAUUUGAAUGUUUUCUACUAUUAGAAAUUGAGUAGUUUUUGUGAUGCUGCUUCAUUCCCAUUACAUUUGUAGCGUUGUUGAAACUUUGUUUUAAUUAGGUCUUUAGUGACUGUACUAACUGUUCAAGUUCUCAUCUUUUAAAAAGUAUUAUCAUUCCUCCCUAAAUUAUUUGUUAUCCAAUUAUCCAAUCAAGUGUAUCAUUUAUAUGACUUACUAGUUUUUUUUUUUUUUUUUUCAAAUGACUGAUGAAUAUUAAAGUUCAUUUGCUACUCUGUGUUCGAUUUUAAUAUUUCUCCAAAAAAAUAAAUUUCCAAAGAAAAACAUUUGUAUGUCUAAUUAUUUACUAAUUAAUCAGGCUUAAAUUUCAGAAAAAUUUAAAACCAGUAGUAACAAAUAAAUAUGUUUACCAUUUUUAUUUAAUAUUAUUUAUGAAGUACUUGCCUAGUCUAGAUUAUUAUAUUUUAAAAUGCUUAAGUCAUUAUAAGCUUUGUUGUUAGAUAAUAAAUUGUUCAUUUCAUUAAAAUAUGUUGUUAUGAUUAGAUUCUAUUGUCUCAAUAUGCUAGAUUCUUUGAGAAGAAAUUGUACUGAUUGAAAUACAUAGUCUGUAAUUUUCAUGAUGAAAGAAAAAGGAUGUUAAGUUUAUCGUGUUCUGAUUUAUAAAACAUGGAAAAUUGUGAAAAUGCAAUAAUUUGACUUACUCGAUUACUCUUGGUUAAAGGAAAAUAUUCUCUUUCAAAAUAUAGGUAUAUUGUUGAUUUUAAAUUAUACACGAUUUAGAUUUUUCUUGCUAAUGAGAAAGAAAAUGAAUGGAGUGUGCUAAUAUUAAUCUUAAGGAACAUUGUAAUUUGUGAUUACAUUUUGAAAGCUCAUUUUCAAGUUUACUUGCCUGGAAGUUGAAAUCGAAGGGAGGGGAAAUUCCUGAUGUGAAAAAUUAAUUGAAUGUAACUGUGUUGAUUUGAUAUUCUCAACUUUUUAAAAACUAUGUAUUUGUAGUACGAGAAUUCGUAUCCUUAUAAAAGUUCCAUAAUGACUUUUUUCACUAAAAAAUUACUAGUGAAUUUUCCUUUUAAAAAUAUAUCAGACUUGUUUGUUGAAAAUAAUUUUUUUAAUUACUGUCAGUAAUGUCUCAUGUGUUGCAUGAAAUAGAAAUGUAAUAAGUCAUCAUGUUUAGACUUAUUUAGCAGGUCUACCUCAUUAAACAAUAACUGAGAUAUUGGUGAUCAUUUCAAUAUUAUCCAAAUAAAAAUACUCAUAAUGCAUAUUUAAAAUCUGAUAUCAGUCAGAUACUCAAAGAGUUGUAAAUUAAAGCAUGUAUUUGUUUAAAAUGAAAAAAUAUUCUCUAUUUUUUGUUACUUUAAUUAUAAAUAAUGCUCAUGAUUUUUUUUCCCUUUGAAAGUUAUUUUUGUCAAUAAUGUUUGAUUGUGUUUUAUUGCUGUGAAACUGAAAUGCUAUUCUAGUCUUUCUCAGUCAGUGUAGAUAUGUGGUAUAUUAUUCUAAAUGUGUUAAUUUUCAGUAUUUUCUCUAACUAUAAAAAAUUAGGUGAAUUUUUGUUUUAAAAAAUGAUUUAUUUGAAAUAUAUACUUUGCUAUGCAAAAUUUUGGCAAUUACAGUUCUUCUGUAGAUUGUUUUUCUCAGAUAUCAAGUUUAUUAAAGACGACUUCAAUGUAUGUUUUUAAUGUAAUUCAUAUUUCUUUAUUUCAUGAUGCAAAUUUUUAAAAGUCAUGAUUGAUAUUUCUCUCUGUAUUAACUAUGGAAUUUCUUUUGUUAUGAAAUCAUGUGAAAAUACUAUUUGAAAUGCAUCUACUUAAUUUAUUGUGUGCAAAUAUAAUUCAAAAUUAGAUCAUUAUUUAUUAAAUAUUAACAAUUUUGCAAAAAUAAUGUUUCAUGAAUACUGCUUUUCUUUAAAUAUUUAAUUGCUGUGACUAUGCAACAGCUAUGACUUUUCUUGACAAGAAAAUCGUAUCUUUUGUUGUUUAGUCAGUUUUUUGAAAGAGAGUGACAUUCAUUCAUUUAUUGGGAUUUAAUAUUCUAGAGUAAAUUAAAACGAUAUGCAGGGUAAGAUGUUACUAUUUGUAACAGUUUCAUAUUUUGCUAAAUAAUUCACAUAAUUUCAUCUUCAGAUUAUUAGAACCAGCUUAAGAAAGAGGCUGUGCAUUUAAAAAUAUAUAUAUUUCUUUUUAUAAAUCACUGCCUUUUUGCUUUUUCACUAGGUAGCCGAAAAUUUCCUAUUAUGGAUUUUAUAAAUUGUUUAGUAUUAUAAACUGUUAUCUUUAUAAUUUAUUAUGAAUGUGAAAGUAUUAUUUUCGGAAUUUAACUCAUUUUUGACUUAAUUGGAGAAUGUUACAAAAAGUUCAUUGUACCUUGCAUUUUAAUUUUUAAACCUAUAAUUUAUAAAGUUUCCUUAAUAGUACCAUCUCGAUUUUUAAAAAAAGGCUGUUAAUGAAAUAUGUUAAAUCUUAUUUACUUCAAAAUUUUUACUAUCAAUGUAUUACAAUGUACGAAAGUACUAACAUUGGUAAUUUAAAAAUAGACAAAUUUCCUGAAAUAUUUCUUUAGCAAAUAUGUUAAUAUAAUUAUUUAGUCAUGUGUCAUAAAGAUUUAUUACUCAUAUUAAAUUCAGUAUAUAUUUGUUGAUAACUGUGGUGUGUAUUUCUAGUUAAACAGCUAUAUUGAUGUCUGCACCAUUAAGUUGAUUCUGUGAUAGUUGUUUGUGAAUAUAGCAAUAUUAAAAUUCAUUGGUUUCUAACUUAAUAAAUGUAUAAAAGAAACUGUAAAAUCAUAUUAUUUUUCUAAAUUACUGUGGAUUAUUAUUUUUUUUAGUACAUUAAUUUUAACUUUAAUAUUAUUUUUUUUCAUUAUGGGAAAAUGCAAUUAUCUUUGCUACUUUAGUAGGUGCUAUAUUGCCGAUUUUGUUUUCACACGAAAAAUAGUAAACAUUAUCAUGUUCUUUUCACUGUAGAAUAAACCUGUAUAAACUGUAGUGAAUAACAAUAUUUCAAUUUUGUAAAUGCUUCAUCAGAUUGCAAUUUUGUUAUGUGUUCUGUGUGCAUUGCAUACAAUAGAAUAAAAAU